AUGGUCUGUGGGCAGCCGCUCAGAAAGAAAUGUUUCCAGGAGGCGUUCACGAUUUCGGAAAAAUUGUUGGUCGCGUAUGGAUCAACGGAGGUGGGAGGUGCCUCUGGUGGGAUCCUGUCAGAAGAACAACUGGACGAGGUACAAGACUUUUUCUGCGGCCCUGUGGCGGACUACCUCAGCCUUCAGGUGGUCGACAAGGACGAGAAAGAGUGUGCCGUGGGGAAGGUGGGAACCGUCAUGGUCAAAGGCAAGACUCUCUUCUCCGGCUACUUCAACCAGCUGGAGGAGAAAGAUCCCGCCACGACAGGCCAGUUCUCAGAGGACGGCUGGUUCGACACCAACGACAACGGUUACUUUGACCACAAGGGAAGCCUGUACGUGAUUGAUCGGAAUAAUGACGUCAUCAGUUAUGGGGCUUGCCUGGUGUACCCAGGUUGGCUGGAGCAGAAGAUCCUGGCUCACCCAAAAGUCCGGGAUGUGUGCUUGGUACCUAAAACUGUUGUUAAAGGAAAACUGUGUCUAAGGCUGAUUAUUAAAAAACUGCUGCAGUUUAUGUUUGUGGACUCUCGCAUGGGCUCAACUUUUGAAAGGAUUUCACUUGCGGCAGUAGGUGUGUCUCUCAUGCCGCCGUCAAUGAAAGAAAGGGCAUUGUUUUGGACCUUGUGA